AUGUUAAUUUACAGAAAUAUACGCGUUUUACCUUCUAAUUGGUUGGAUUUGUUGAAACGUAAAUAUAACCGUGAGAGCUUUUGCUUUGCACAUACCCAGACACAACAUACGAUCAGUAAUCCUAAAGCGGAAAAUUCACUUAAUAGUCCAUCCAUCGCAACAAUACGGAAUGUUGGUUUAAUCGCUCAUAUUGACGCUGGUAAAACGACUACUACAGAACGCAUUCUGUAUUAUGCUCGCCGCAUACACUAUCUAGGGGAAGUAGAUCACGGAGAUACGGUGACUGAUUAUUUACCAGAAGAACGUGAACGUGGUAUAAGCAUUGUUACUGCAUCAGCUUCUCUAUCUUGGCGUGGUCAUACAAUUCACUUAUUGGAUACUCCAGGACAUGUGGAUUUCGCAGUGGAAGUUGAACGAAGUUUAACGGUUUUAGAUAGUGCUAUUAUUAUAUUGGAUGCGGUUAAAGGUGUUCAACCUCAGACACAUACUGUGUGUCGCCAGGCGCAUCGUUACUGUCUUCCAUGUCUAAUCUAUAUCAAUAAAAUGGACCGCCCAAUGGCUAAUAUCGAUCUAUGCUUACGCAGCUUAUCCGAUCAGUUACCUACAAAAGCCCAUUAUACGCUUAUUCAUUGGCCAGUAUUUUCUCAUAGUCUUGAUGCAGCUAACUUUUCAUCGCCAUUAAUCAGUUCUUCGAAUACGUCUAGUUCGAUUCCUAAUAAACGCGAUUUUAAAGAAAACGGUACAAGUAAAUUUGUUGGACUUGUAGAUUUAACUACAAUGCAAUUGAAAAAUUGGGUUUCAUGCAACAAUCCUGAUGAUGCUUAUUCAUCAUCCGAUUUAUUGGAGGGUAUCAAUACAACUACUGUAUCACAGUCCUCUCAGCUACCUAAAUCAAAAUCUUCCAUUGGAUGCACACUGAACCCUGAUGGAAUUCAAGAAGCACUAAGUGCUCGUAUGCGAUUACUAAGUACACUGGCUGAAACCGAUGACGAAUUUGCGGAUGAAUUCUUAAAACUUGAUCGUCCGGACUUAUUAAUUCCGUCAGAUAUUGUUCAGAAAAGUUUAAAAAAGGCACUUCUUUCAUUCCAAAUCAUACCUGUGUUGAUUGGUAGUAGUCGAAACAAUAUCGGAAUCCAACCUUUAUUGGAUUUCAUUGUUGAUCACCUUCCAGAUCCUAGUCAUUCUAAUAUUCCAGCCUCAAUUUUAAAUGUUUAUAAGUCGUUGAAAUCUACCUCACCUAGUUCAAGUGAUAUUUUGAAAGCCUCAGUGGAUCUAGAUACUCAUCACAGUAUUCUUUCAUCGAAAUUUUCAAUCAUGCUUGUAUUUAGGAUAUGUUUUGAUCCAAAUCGUGGGCCACUUACGUUGGUACGCGUAUAUUCCGGUGUAAUUACUCCUGGUUCUCAAAUUACUAAUUGGUCCCGAUAUAAAGAUACUCAUCUGCCAGAAAAAAUCCAUAAUGUCUUUCAACUAAAUGGAGACUCAUUAGAAGUAGUUAACAGUGCUGGGCCUGGUAGCAUUGUUGCUUUAAGUGGACUUCAAUCAACUUACACAGGUGAUAUUUUAGGUCCUGUCAUGAAUUCAAAUAAAAAUAGACAAACACAAAGGUCUAAAAGUAUUGAUCUGAAUACUAGUGUAGGAAUGACUGACACUGAAUCAGAAUCACCUUCCUUAUUUCAAGUAUCCGAACCUGUUGUGUACGCUGCGAUUGAACCUGGUAGUCGAUCUGAAAUAAGUGCACUUGAACAUGCUCUUAAUUGUAUGCAACGUGAAGAUCCAAGCUUUCAUGUGAAGUUUGACGAAGAAACUGGGCAAUGGACAAUUUCUGGAAUGGGUGAUUUACAUUUGGAUGUUAUACUUUCAAGGUUAAAACGUGAAUACAAAGUUAAUGUUCGAACGGGUCCGCUUUUGAUAGCCUACAAAGAAUGUCCACCUCAAGAUGCUUCCAGUGCAAAAGGAUGGAGCUAUGUGGUUGGAUACAUAAAUGGUGCUGAAAAAGCUGUUGCCAUUGAAUUGAUACUUAGACCUAAAAGUAUGCCUCCGUUUCACAAACCACAGGUCACAUUUGACCGAAAUGGAGAUAAUAACAUCGCCCGUGUACGCCAUGCUAUUACAGACGCCUGUUUGUCUGCCUUAGAGAUUAGUGGACCUAUUCUUCGUUUCCCUGUUAUUGGAGUAGAUGUUCACAUUCAUAGUAUUGUGUGCGGCCGUCCAGAACAAAUUUCAAAUGGCUUGGAAUGUAUAAAUGAUCUUGGUGACUUGACUUUGGAUAAACUAUCCACUGCUCAACUUGCUUCAUCAUCUCUUUUAGCCUUGUUAAAAACUUGUUGCAUAAAUAGCGUUAAAGAUGCCGUUACCAGAAUACCUAAAUGGCAUAUUAUGGAGCCGAUGAUGGAAAUUGAACUACAACUGCCUGCUCGAAAAGGUUAUGAUUCAGACUUAUCAAUCUUUCUGUGCGACUUGACGAACAGGCGUGCAGAAAUAAUAUCAGUAGACAAUGCAGAAGUUGAUGCACUCAACCAGGACGAUAACAAACCGGAAGUUGAAAGAUGUCACUGUGUACGUGCGAUAGCACCAUUGUCUGAAUUAACUAACUACUCAGCUACUGUAAGACGUCUUUCAUCAGGACGAGCUGAACUGAAUCUCACGUUGGCGAAUUAUCACCCUGUUAGUUCGGAGCACCAAGCAAAAUUGUUGGAUCAAUACAGGUGGAAUUGUACAGGAAGCACCUUGCAUUAG